AUGCAAGCUCACCAAAAGCCCACCACCUACGAGAAAAAGCCCCUUAAGCAAGAGCAAGAUGGAGUUCUCUAUCAACACAAUGAUUAUUUUGGGAUUGGAAAAGAAAGGACGUUCAAAUCGUAAGUUUAUUAAUCAAAAUCUGUUUUGUUAACUAAAUAAAAUAAAAACCCACUUUAACCGCAAACAAAUGUUAGAAAAUGGCAUUUACAUCUUUUUAGCCCAAUAUAAACAAAUAAAAAUGAAACAAAACAAUCAAAAUUACAACUAUAAUGUUUUUAGGUAUGACGACCUUGUCCAUGCCAUCAUCCAGUAUGAGAUGGCUGCCAGAGUGCACCUUCUAAGAGGUAGCUCGAACUUCUUAACAGCGAACAAAAAAGUUAACUUUUCUGAAGAAACCUGUCGACAAUUCGUUUUCGACAGAAUAGUAUUCAAAUGCCCCAACCAUGAAGUAACUAAAAGGUUCGAUAGCCAGACUGGUGAGGCGUUGUACAAUAAACGAGUAACAAAAAAGAACAUUAAAGACACGAGAAACUGUGAAUUCACGUUCACAGUAUAAUACAACCCGGACAUAAACCGAUUGCAAAUCAGUGCCGGUAAACUAUAUCACACUGAAAAUUGCGACCCUAGGGUAAAGGACCUAUUCCAAUAUGUCCCAAAGGACGAAAAUAAUAAAAAGAAAAGGGCCAUUCGUAAGUUAAUACAUUUGAAUUUCAAUAACGGCGAUUGGUUUUAAAGAAGGACAACCAUUAAAACAAUUAAUUUAAUAAUAACAAAUUACGCAAACUAAAUAUCUAUAAAACAAGUAAACCAAUAUAAACAAAAAUAUAGAAAACCAACAUUUUCAGCAGCAAGAAUUGAACAAUUCAACCCUGGUCAAGUACCUAACUACAAAAACGUAAAAGAAACAGUUGCCUUUAGAAGUAAGAACAGGGCUUUGAGAAAACCAAACUUAGAAGCCCCAGAAUGCCAAGAUACAGAUGCUCCAAUCCCAAAGUACUGUGAAGACAUUGAAACUUUGAUUAGUCGAUACGACUGCAUAAAAAAGCCAGUCUGUCAACCAGCUGAAGCCAGAGCAUCAAACGGCCGCGGAACCAAACGUCGUAUGGCAGAUGAUGGCGGAGUUGUGGCGAAGAAAGUAUUAUUCCCAAUGGGACAAGUUCAGAGCGAGUGCCCCGAAACACCAAACCAGCUAUAUGAAGAGCAGGCCAGCUUCUACUGUCAGAGCCGAUAUAUCUAUCAACGGGCUGGUCCAAGUCAAGCCUAUUGGAACCAGCCGGUUAGUAAUUAUGAUUCUUGCUAUGCCCAAACAGCCACUCAACAAGAAUUUGGCCAAACAACAACUUCAAACAAUGCUUAUGGACAACCAGCGGCCAAUACGGAGUUCUUUAACCAGAAUUGGACCCAGUACAACACAUACGGCCAAGACAUGUACCAAAAGUCACAAUACUAUAGCCAUGGCUUGGCCAAUCCGGUUUUUGAAGAAACAAUUAAUCAACCCGCCUAUAUUCCGCCAUACAACGAAUAUAUCAAUAACAAAGAAAAUGUAAACUAUGCAAACAGCCAAUACGUUGAAAAUAAUCAUUGGAGCAACUGUAGCAACAACUACGUUGAUUCGCCAACAGAGCAGCCGCUUCAGUUGCCAGUCCAAGAAUUCGAAGCACCGCCGCUGGCCCAGGAUCAAGAAAUCGAAGCAGCAAUCCCACCCAUCGAAGAAGAGGUUGUCCCUGAUGAAAAUGAUCCACCACAGAGUCCACAAAUCUACUACGAUGAACAAGAGAUGAAUGAAGUCGGUUCCGGUGGAGCCGAUCUUAUCCUAAUGGCAUUAGAAGGGCUUUAUUAA